GGGAUCGCGCCGAGGGCUGCGACGGAGAGCGCAGCAGGUACUCACUACGGUAUGCGUGUCGGUUCCCGGAGCUGAGCAGCAGCGAUGUGGCACCGGGCUCUGGGACCAGGGUGGAAGCCACUGCUGGCGCUGGCGCUGGCGCUGACCUGCCUGCGAGGCGCGAGGGGGUUUGAGGAGGAACCGAGCAGUGGUGCGAGCUUCCAGGUGGUCACUUUCAAAUGGCACCACGUCCAGGAUCCAUACAUCAUCGCGCUCUGGAUCCUCGUGGCCAGCUUGGCCAAAAUCGUCUUUCACCUGUCCCACAAGGUCACCAGUAUCGUCCCCGAGAGUGCUCUACUCAUUGUUCUGGGCCUGGUGCUGGGCGGCAUCGUCUGGGCAGCUGACCACAUCGCCUCCUUCACACUCACACCCACGCUCUUCUUCUUCUACCUGCUGCCCCCUAUUGUGUUGGACGCUGGAUACUUCAUGCCCAAUCGACUCUUCUUUGGCAACCUGGGCACCAUUCUGCUAUAUGCUGUCAUUGGCACUAUAUGGAAUGCAGCCACCACAGGAUUGUCUCUCUAUGGUGUCUUCCUCAGUGGCUUGAUGGGUGAGCUGAAGAUUGGACUCUUGGAUUUCCUGCUGUUUGGUAGCCUCAUUGCAGCUGUGGACCCAGUGGCUGUGCUGGCUGUGUUUGAGGAAGUCCAUGUCAAUGAAGUCCUGUUCAUCAUUGUUUUUGGGGAGUCACUGCUGAAUGAUGCAGUGACUGUGGUCUUGUACAAUGUUUUUGAGUCUUUUGUGACUCUGGGUGGUGAUGCAGUGACUGGCGUGGAUUGUGUGAAAGGCAUAGUGUCCUUCUUCGUGGUGAGCCUGGGGGGCACUCUGGUGGGUGUUAUCUUCGCCUUCCUGCUGUCCUUGGUGACUCGCUUCACCAAGCAUGUGCGUAUCAUCGAGCCUGCCUUCGUCUUUGUCAUUUCCUACCUGUCCUAUCUGACCUCGGAGAUGCUGUCCUUGUCAGCCAUCCUGGCCAUCACCUUUUGCGGCAUCUGCUGUCAGAAGUACGUGAAGGCCAACAUCUCAGAGCAGUCGGCCACCACUGUGCGCUACACUAUGAAGAUGCUGGCCAGUGGAGCAGAGACCAUUAUCUUUAUGUUCCUGGGUAUCUCAGCUGUGGACCCUCUCAUCUGGACAUGGAACACGGCUUUUGUGUUGUUGACGCUGGUCUUCAUUUCUGUAUACCGAGCAAUUGGUGUUGUUCUGCAGACCUGGAUCCUGAAUCGCUACCGCAUGGUGCAGCUAGAGACCAUUGACCAGGUGGUCAUGUCCUAUGGUGGCCUGCGUGGGGCAGUGGCCUAUGCCCUGGUGGUACUUCUGGAUGAGAAAAAAGUCAAGGAGAAAAAUCUGUUUGUCAGCACCACUCUCAUUGUGGUCUUCUUCACCGUCAUCUUUCAGGGCCUGACCAUUAAGCCCCUGGUACAGUGGCUGAAGGUGAAGAGGAGUGAGCAUCGUGAGCCAAAGCUCAACGAGAAGCUACAUGGCCGGGCUUUUGACCACAUCCUCUCAGCCAUUGAGGACAUCUCAGGACAAAUUGGACACAAUUACCUCAGAGAUAAGUGGUCCAAUUUUGAUAGGAAGUUCCUCAGCAAAGUCCUCAUGAGAAGAUCUGCUCAAAAAUCCCGAGAUCGGAUCCUGAAUGUUUUCCAUGAGCUGAAUUUGAAGGAUGCUAUUAGCUAUGUUGCUGAGGGAGAGCGCCGUGGGUCCCUGGCCUUCAUUCGCUCCCCAAGUACGGACAAUAUGGUCAAUGUGGACUUCAGCACACCCCGCCCAUCUACUGUGGAGGCGUCUGUCUCCUAUUUCUUGAGGGAAAAUGUCAGUGCUGUAUGCCUGGACAUGCAGUCCUUGGAACAGAGGCGGAAGAGCAUCCGUGACACUGAGGACAUGGUCACCCACCACACACUGCAACAGUACCUGUACAAGCCUCGGCAGGAGUACAAGCAUCUCUAUAGCCGGCAUGAGCUAACACUCAAUGAGGAUGAAAAGCAGGACAAGGAAAUCUUUCACAGGACUAUGCGGAAGCGCCUGGAGUCCUUUAAGUCAGCUAAGCUAGGCAUCAACCAGAACAAGAAGGCGGCCAAGCUGUACAAGAGGGAGCGUGCACAGAAGCGGAGGAAUAGCAGUAUUCCUAAUGGGAAGCUUCCUAUGGAGAACCUGACACACAACUUUACCAUCAAGGAGAAAGAUUUGGAACUUUCAGAGCAUGAGGAGGCCACCAACUAUGAAGAGAUCAGUGGAGGCAUUGAGUUUCUGGCCAGCGUCACCAAGGAUGUAGCCUCUGAGUCUGGGGCAGGAAUUGAUAAUCCUGUGUUCUCCCCUGACGAGGAUCUGGACCCAAGCAUCCUAUCCAGGGUGCCACCCUGGCUGUCCCCUGGGGAGACCGUGGUGCCUUCCCAGAGGGCCCGUGUCCAGAUUCCCAACUCUCCCAGCAACUUCCGCCGCCUGACACCAUUCCGCCUCAGCAACAAAUCAGUGGAUUCCUUCCUGCUGGCUGAUGGCCAUGAGGAACAGCUCCAACCCGCUUCCCCCGAGUCCACACACAUGUGACACAGGCUCUGGCACAUCGCUGCUUACUGGACGCCUGUCUCGUCAGUCAUCUGCUGCUGCCCAGCAGCCUUUGCUCCCCGCAGGGCUCGCCCACCCACGUGCCCCAAGCCCCGCCCCAUCUGAGCGCACCACGACUGUCACUUUUGCCUCUGGUGAACCCGGGACAGAGCCAGAGCACCGGGCCCUACCCAGUGCGCACGCUCGGUCGGCGGCUGCGCGCCGGGUACACAGUAGGCGCUCAUUCCAAAGGCCUCGCCCGCGCCGACGCCCAGCUCUGUUAAAACUUGCUUCUCUUCCGGGCUCUACAGAACUGCCACUGCACGCUCUGGAGCAAGAAGAGACGCCGCUGUGAUCACUGCCUGGCCGGCGGCCCAGCUCUGAGGGUUUCCUUCAGUGGCCCCUCCCCAACCAGCUAGUGUUCAAUGCACUCUGGGAGUCUUAAUGCAUAGCCUAGCCCUGGGAAGAAUCUUUUAAUCCAUAUGGUGUCCCCAGGAUACCACACUGCCUCCUGCCGUCUUCUUGCCCUGGUUCAGAUCCCAGGGCUCUGUGGUGCUGCCUCCCCAACCCCACCCAGAGGCGAGCUCUUUAUAGUAUUGGCCACUCUUACUCCGAGAAGGGGGAAGAUCCCCAAGAGGCCUGCUAGUAAAAACAAAGGUCUCAAAAACUGAGAUUUGUACAAGUGGCACCGCCCAGAUCAACCUCAUUCUAAAUAGGCAGCAGGUUCUUGUGCAUCCCCAGAAAUAUACCCCCCUGAGGCCCUAUCUGACCCCCUUCCAAGUUAGUUCUCCAGACUGUCCUAUCACCUUGUGACCAACUGCAGAAAUAUUUGGCUCCUCUAGCUCAGACUUUCCCUGCCUGGCCCCUCCCAGCCUGGGCCUUGCCAUCACAAACAAGGUAUCCGGCUUGAGCUAUCCCUAAGUUGGGAACACUGCAGAUGGCCAGGCAGGCUGGGCUAGGGUACUAGUAGUUGUCCACCGGAAACUUUCCUUGGUCAAAAUUAUAGCCAGCUCUCUGGCAUCUGUCAAAGGCGGGGAAGACCUGGGGACACAGCGGGACUCUACAUCACCCAGGAGUAGGGGGAUGCAGGAACCCACUAUCUGGGGAUUUUGUCCUGUCCCCAGGUCUUCAGGGCCUGGGCCUUAGAACACUGGCCUUCUGUAGGGGUGAGGACGGGCCCUAUCCCUUGUCGUCUUUCCUCAGAAGUCCAGUAUUGAAGAGUCACCUGAGUUUUGCUUUCUACUCUCUGGAAACUUUGCCUGCACCACAGGGUAUCACUUAAGGGAGAUCGAGAUGGGGCAAAAGGUGGACUUAAGGACAUCCUGCAGACUUCUGAAACAAAGCACUCAGGUCUCUGCUCAGGAAACUAAAUACCAUGUCUCAGGAACAAGGUUGGCAGUUACCUUCAGAGAAGUCACAGGAAGGUCCGUCGAUUUGUAUUAAUGCCACAGUUGACUCAUGUAUAGGAAGAGAGCUGAGAGAAAUGAAUGAAAACAAAACAAGUUUGCUCAACAUACUGCAUUCUGCUUCAGUGUCACUCCCCAAGUGAAUGUGUCAGUAUGCUACUGACUGGCCAGCUCAGACUCAGCCAUCAGAUGCUCAGCAUCUGGUUUCCACAGCCCUUGGAAACAUUUGUCUGCUUCUGAAGUCCAGCCACCGCCCAAGGCCAGAAUCAGUAAUUUCACCAGACUUUGGAGCUGCCAUUUGGAGUACCUCCUAGGCAGGGUGUACCUGGCUAUGGUACCAGGAGAGUUCUGCGAGGCACUGUCAGCCCCUGCUCUGCAGGCAAGUUUCUCAUACCUUCCUGUGCCAGGACACCGCCUUAGCACCUCACCCGAUCUGCUGGCCAUAGGGUCCAAUUCCCACUGCAGAAUUAGAAACCGAGUGUGAUGGGACAGUGCCUCGGCAACUGUCACCUUGCACCAGUACCCAGAGAUACCAAAGCUAGCAGCCCAGUGAUCAGUCUGUGGAACCCUCUGACGCUCUGUCCAUGUUUUAGCUGUGCACAGGCCAUGUCCUUUGAGCGUGUAAACCCACACCACUGGGCAUAGCCAUAGGGAAUCAGAGUCUUGAUAAGAAAGCCUCAUUCACAAAACCCCACUUCCUGUGCUUAAAUGAUACAGUGGCUACAUUUCAUAGUUGAGGACCCUCUUGUUCUUGUCAUUGUUGUACAAUAGAAUGUAAAAGCCUAUGAAUGUAUUUCCUUAGGAAAACUGUUGUAAAAGUUUUUUUUUUUUUAUUAGGAGAGAAUUUCUAUUUAUUUAAUACUGAACUCUGACCUACUUUGUGGUACUACAAAGAAUAUAAAUUUAGGAAAUUUGUAUUUCCACUUCUGUAUUUUCUUGAAAAUAAUUUUAUUACAGUGUUCAAUAUACUAUGUAUUACUAAUCUUUUUUAUGAAAGGAAAUUUAAAGAACUUCAUCAAAACUAGAAAUAUAUUUUGAGUGGUUAAAAUUGUGUUUUAAUGUUGUGAACAUAAUCAUAGUUGAAUUUUAAUUCUGAUCACAGAAUAAUGUGCCUUAAAAUGCCCCUUCUAUGUGUUGGGCAGCAUCUGUACAAGGAGUCCAUCAGCAAAACCACAGUGACUGCUUGUCUAUGUCUAUUAAAAACACUUUAAGG